GGAAGGGGCUCGGGGAGGCGCUGAGGAACCGCCCGCUCCGGCCCCCAGCGCCCCGGGCGGCCCGCAGGGCGGCACAGGAGCCCCGGCAGCCCGGUACCUGCUGCAGGAAAGGACAGGACAAGACAGCACCAUGUCUGCAGUCUCAGCUUAUUACAAUGGGAAGACCGUUCUUAUCACGGGAGCGACGGGUUUCGUGGGCAAAGUGCUGGUGGAAAAACUCCUGCGCUCCAGCCCGGAGGUGAAGGCAGUUUAUAUUCUUGUCAGGCCAAAGGCAGGACAAUCAAUGCAAGAGAGGGUGGCCAACAUGUUGAAAUGCAAGGUCUUUGACAGGGUCCGAGAAGAUUGCCCUAAUUUCCACGAGAAGAUUAAGCCCAUUAAUGCUGAACUCACUCAGCCCAAGCUGGCCAUCAGUGCUGAAGACGAGGAGGAGCUCCUGACCCGGGUCAAUAUUGUCUUCCACUGUGCGGCGACUGUUCGCUUUGAUGAGCCCCUGAAGCACGCCCUGCAGCUGAACGUCAUGGGCACGCAGCGGCUCCUGGAGCUGGCCCGGCAGAUGCAGAACCUCGAGGCCUUCAUCCACAUCUCCACUGCCUAUGCAAACUGCGUCCGGAAAUGCAUCGAGGAGAUCAUCUACCCGCCCCCAGCCGAGCCCAAGAAGCUCUUCGACUUAGUAGAGUGGUUGGAUGAAUCCAUCAUUCAAGACAUCACACCCAAGUUGCUUGGGGAAUGGCCCAACACUUACACCUACACCAAAGCCUUGUCAGAGUACCUGAUUCAGCAGGAGAAAGGGAACCUGAACAUUGCCAUCAUCAGGCCGUCCAUCGUGGGAGCCAGCUGGCACGAGCCUUUCCCGGGUUGGAUUGACAACUUCAACGGGACGAGUGGAAUAUUUAUUGCGGCGGGCAAAGGGAUCCUGCGGACCGUCAUCGCCAACAACGAAGCCGUGGCCGACAUGAUCCCCGUGGACGUGGCCAUCAACCUCACCCUGGCAGCGGGGUGGUACACGGCUGUGCACAGACCAAAAAACUUGUUGGUGUACAACUGCACAACGGGUGGAAUCAACCCUUUCUUCUGGGGAGAAAUGGGUAAGUUCCAUCUCAAACUGAGAGCAUCAUGUUCCUCCCAGUGUCAGACAUCAACAGGA